AUGGAGGAGCCAAAGGCAGUGCCGGAACCCCCAGGCCCUGAAAUUAGCACUGUUACAGCUCAGUCCUCCUUUGCCACACCCCAAUGGAAAGACCUUUGGAAGAAGCGCCACACAGCUGUGCUCGUGGCUGCCGUGGGCGUCUGUCUCCUGAUGCUCAUCGUUCUUCUCUCCCAGCAAACUUCCAUAUUUUUGGAACUGAGGAAGCUGAAUUUCAGCUCCCUGCAGGAAAGUUGUGAAUUUUCAACAGCCUUUCUGAUGAUCAAGGAAUUAAAGAAUGCUUUUGAAGUUGAACUUGGAGAGUUAGGAAAACACAUUGAAAAAAGAAAAGAAGAUAGAAAAGUGAAGGAACAAAUACUGAGAAUUGAAGAAAAACUGAAUCUGUUGCAGAAUAAAAUGGUUUCAGAUUCCUAUAGCAGUUGCAACCCUCCACGUUGGCAUACUUUUGAAGGGAGCUGCUAUUACUUCUCAGAAAUUCCAAAGACAUGGCAAAAUGCUACACAGUUCUGUACAAAGUUUGAAGCCCAUCUGAUCAUUAUUAACAGCAAGCAGGAGCAGGAUUUUGUGGUCACGAAAAUGAGUUUCUCCAACUGGCUUGGCCUGACUGAUGCGCAGAAGGAAAAUGAGUGGCUUUGGGUGGAUGGAUCACGUCUUCAAGAAAGUUACUGGAGGCUUGGUGAGCCCAACAACAGUGGUUCGAAUGAAGACUGUGCUGCCUUAUACAAGGGUGGAGUCUGGAAUGACAUUCCCUGCGAUACGAAAAGCCUCUUCAUCUGUGAGAAGCGCGUGCGUCCUUGA